CAUGCAAAGGCUCCAUCUAUUCGGGUUUUUGGCUAGUAUGGUUGAUAGUUUUAAUUUCAUCUGUUAUCAUCUGCAUCCUGAAGUGGAAGAAAAACCUCAAAAUUGGAGGUUGUUGCAAAAAGGAGAAAACAAACAUUGCAAUCUUCAUUGGAGUGCCAUUUAUAGUGGCAGUGGUGACUGGACUUAUUUUUGGAAUUUUGGAAAUUAUAAUGGAGUGCUUUGGUGAAAUUGCUUUGGUGGUUAGCAUUGUAAUUGGAUUACUUGUAGCAGUUGUCCAAUGGAUCUUUAUCAUGUUCUGGAAUUGUAAGAAAG